AAACACAUCACAGGUGUAGUGUGAAGUAGGUAUAAUUUUUUUUCUAUUCGAAUCAUGAUCAAAAUGGGAUUGCUGUAGAUAAAAUACUAUUAUUUAAUUUAGGAAAUCAAAGCUUUUAAUGGCGUAAAUAUACCUAGUUUAAAUAUGUCCAAUCAGUGCAAGUUAAUAGUGGGGAUCGACUUAUUUGUGCAUUUACAGUUAUACGCGUAACACGAAUUUGUGCAUCGAGUUCUGAGCAUCGAAUUAGGCCACAUAGCGAUCUCUCCCUAAAAUACCGCUGGUUGUCGACGUAUCAAGUUAAACUGAGUGUGGCGGGAGAGUGAUGUCCAGAAAGGCCGCGAGCUGGUAAUGUGAUGUCAUCAAAAGGGGAAACAGAGGCCGAUUCAGGCACCGUGUCGCCGAACCUGCCUGUAAUCAAAAAUGAACCGGCAACCACAGCUAGUAAAGAAGAAACUCCUAAAAGAGGCAGCACACUGCUAAAAUGCACAACUUGCAACACAUUUAGCACUGUAAGCAGCCGCGCCCUGACCACGCACAUGGCUCAGUGCUCGCCCGACAACAACAAUGUGGCGGCCGCGCAGGCGGACGCCCGCCCACACAGGAAGCUCUUCGAGUGCGACGUCUGCAACAUGAAGUUCUCCAACGGCGCCAACAUGCGCCGCCACAAGAUGCGACACACCGGCGUCAAACCUUACGAAUGCAGAGUCUGCCAAAAGAGGUUCUUCCGCAAGGACCAUCUAGCGGAACACUUCACCACCCAUACAAAAAGCUUGCCGUACCAUUGCCCGAUAUGCAACCGAGGGUUCCAGCGCCAGAUCGCCAUGCGCGCGCAUUUCCAGAACGAGCAUGUCGGCCAGCACGACCUUGUCAAAACUUGCCCCCUCUGCAGCUACCGUGCCCCAACCAUGAAGAGCCUCCGAGUUCAUUUCUUUAACAGACACGGCAUCGACCUAGACAACCCAGGAACCGGCAACAACUCUGUUUCCCUGCUAGCAGCCGGCAUAGCCAACGCCGCGUACGCCGACGGCUCCAUGGACGCGAGCGCCAUCAACGCCCUCGGGGCUCUAGGCUCCGGUCUGUCCGUGUCCGUGGCAGCCGCAUACUCGGAUAGCGGCGAUAGCAACGGUGCCCGCUCCGUUGACAACGCUACACCGCCCAUGCAUUAUUUGACCCCGCACGUGGAGAUAUCUAUGGCCGACAACAACGAGACGUUCUCUCCGGGACAGUCUAACCAUCUAAAUAAUUCCGAUUCGCGCAUGAACGGCGAGGGUGGCAGCUCGCCGCAGUCGGGCGACAGCGCGGGCGCCGUUGCCAGCUCGUCGCUCGCGCAGCUCCCCGCCGGCAUCACGCCCUCCAUCACGCUCAUUCCCAUCAAGCAGGAGCCGAACGCGGAGGAGUCGGGCGGCGGCGAGUCGCAGGGCGAGGCGAACGGCGACAAGCGCGGCGUGUCGUCCAGCCUGUCGUCGCUCAUCAAGGUGUCGCCGCUCAAAAGUCUGCUGCGCGAGGACCUGCGCCGCCGCAUCAGCGCCCGGGGCCGCGCUCGCGGUUCCAACAGCUCUCGCGUGUCCGGGUCCGGGUCGGCGUCGGAGGGCGGCGUGAUCACGUCGACGCACGGCGACGCCGCGCUGACGCCCGCCUCGCUCGUGUGCUCCUUCUGCUCCAUCACCUUCCCCGACUCCACGCUCUACUUCCUGCACAAGGGCUGCCACUGCGACUCCAACCCCUGGAAGUGCAACAUCUGCGGCGAACAGUGCUGCAACGUCUACGAGUUCAACUCCCACUUGCUCAGCAAAAGUCACCAAUGACUGUUUGCAGGGGGGCCGUUCCGAUAAUAAUGACUUUGUGUUUCGUGAUGCACUUGCACGCGGUCGCGGUGUGUGCAUAGUACGAGCGCUUCGGAGCUUCACUUCACUGUCGAUUCUGUUCUCAAACUACUGUGUCGGGCGCUGAAGGGCUUCGAACUCGCUAUGCGCUGAACGUCCCCCCGAAGAUAUCAUUUUAAAAGUGCAAAUUAUGUCGAGUUAUAUUUUUAAGCGGUUAUAAAUUGUUAUGUUAAAAUGCGUGAAGAUAUUUAUGCGGAUAUUCUAGUACUUAAAGAAAAGGGUUUAUAAAAGGGUAAUUAAAUUUUAAUUGUGACGGGGUCAGAUAGAUUUGGGGUACGACCUAGUAACUAAAUUAAAAGCUGAAAGUGCUACCACUCGGUAAUGAUAAAUAUUACAUUCCAAAACGUGACGUAACAUUCCAUGAUGAGAGAUUCGAGUCUUAGGUGGGGAAUAUUGUAGUAACUAAAAGUAUCUUCUCUAUCCAUUUUAAUAAUAAUUACCAGAGGCCGGAAUUCUCAUGGCAGUUUGAAUUGUCAUUAGGGACUUCUCAUUUAUCGACUUUCGAUAUACAUAUAUCCAUACAAUAUAGAAUACAACAUAUUAAAAUAUAUUAAAAGUAGAGGUAAAUAUCAAGCGAUCUUAUCACUAAAGAGCGAUCUCUUCCAGAUAACUAUUGAGUAGUUGAAAAUGCGAAAUAGAGAAUAUAUUAGAGAUGUGCAUUAAAAACAAUGAAACUUUAUAAUUAAUAGUUACACAUUUAAUUACCUACUUCAGUUCUGUGUUUUUCCAAUUUCACGUUCAAAGUCUGUUUUAGUACUAACGAACAUUCCAUUAGUUUUUUUUAUAAAAGAAAUAAGUAGUCAUCUUUUUUUUCAUUUUAUCUGCUUAAAUUACUUCUUUUACAGUCAAAUAUCCAUUACCUAUUAUAACUUUUAAUAUUUUGUGUUCUACAUUGUAUGUUACGGACAGGGGCGUAGCUAGAGGAUAUGGCGCCCGGGGCAGUCACCAAUUUUGCGCCCCCUGACGAGUGACAAAAGUUUCCCUGCUGCUGCCUUUUGCCCAUUUUGGCGCCCCCCCUUGGAUGGCGCCCGAGGCACUUGCCCCCUCUGCCACAAAUGAGAACUUCCUAUAACAGUUCAAAAACGCCACAGUAAUUCCGGUCUCUGAUAAUUGCGAAAACUAAUGUAGUGUGUUGGUGCACUUAAUCGCAACUCGCGGAUGCGAUGUUAAAAACAUUGUAUGUGUAUAGUACAUGGAUAGUACUUAAAGGGACACUUGUAUUGGUUUACCAUUCUACUUUUCAGUACUUAAUUGUACUACAACUAUAUCUAAUCUAAAAUUUAAAAGUAUUUUUGGUGCGAUAGUGAAUUUUACAAAUGUUUUAAAGUAUGGGGAAAUUGUACAAAUUAAUAUAUUUUUACAUUUCACUGUUGAGAAGAGAGGGCCUAGCCUGUGUUUCCGUGAUUAUUUACUUAUUGUGAUUGUGUACAGACAGGAAUUAUAAAUUCUACAUUCCAUUUUUAUGUUAUUAAUUGUUUCUUAAUAUGCAUGUAAUGCAAGUCCACGGCUAAUAUUUAAUGUACAAGUUAUAUUUCGUUGUUAUUAUUUAUUUUUCUAAAAAUACGUCUUUUCUUUAAUAACUAUGUUUUAUUAUUUUUAAUUAGAGUGGUGCAUUAUUAUGGUCAUAUGUACUUAUUUUAUUCUCAAUCUAUACAAUGUUCCUUUCGUCAGUUCAGUUGUAUGAUAUUAUCGUUAGUUGAAUUGUUAAAAUUUAAAACGAAAAAUAUUGAAGGCACACUUGCUCAAUAUAGCUUAAGUGUGGAGCAUGGCAACGUCGCACAAAAGCAUUAUAAUAACAUUCAUUUUAAAUAAAUUGGAAUAGUGUAGUUAUAUAAAACACUUUCAUGCAUGCUUAUGGAAGUUUAAAAUCGAAUCGUUCAAUUCAUAGGUACUUAAUUUUAUUUAAUAUCAAGGUUUAGAAAAGCCCUAUUAGAUUUAGAGAAACUGACCCGUAUCAUAUAAUUGUACUAUCCGAAAGGUUUUAUUAUGUCUUGCGUCCAUCAAAGCAUCAUGCAAAGCCAUCGUUUUCCAGCUUAGAGAACGCUUACGGUCCAUGUCUGAUCAGUAUACGCAAAACCCGCGGCACCAAUAUUGCCUGGUCGUAUUUGUUUUUGCGUCCCGGAACCGGAUCAGACGCGGUUAGUUGGCGUUCUAAAACAAGAGUGCUCAACCUAAUGGGAAACGAUAUUGAUCUCUUUUAUUUUGAAGAGUUAAAUUUCUAUAUUGACUUUCAAUUUAUCAGUUAGGUAAAUAAAAUAUAUUUCAUGUAUAGAGAAAUAUUGGUUUAAUGAUACAAUUUAAAAUGCUAUAGGUUAAUGAAAUUAAUUUUGUAAUGUAGCUGUUAACUUUGUUUUAGUACACUCUUUGUGUUUAACGUUUGGUCAGUCCGUUCCAUUUUUCUUAAAGUAACCUGAGAUUUACAUUCCUGUAGCUCUUAAGUACUUACUUUCGGUUGUGGUCUUGCCUGUUAAGUUUACGAAAUUACUUAGAUGGAACUGAAAUUAUGUUUACCAACGAAGUUAUAUAUAUAUAUAAAUACAUAUUUGUUAUGUUAUGUGGUCAUCGCGUGUAUAAAGUAGGGCCGGCGCGGGACCGUCCGUGAGUUACCUGAAACAAGCAACAUACUUAUUUAUAGAGAUUCUUAUAUAAUGCUGUUUCAUUGUUGGUUUUGCAACUUGAAUGUUUACUUUUAUUUGGUCCCGCCGCCGCGCCACAGUUAGUUAAGGUAGAGUCUAAAAGCUAUUAAUAUUAUUAACCGGUCACCCCACUGGGCGCCUUUACUUAAUCCGUCCAUAUCUAAUGAUAGAUAUUGCCUUUAAUAUUUAAUAAAAAAUAAUAUAUUUUGUAGAAUUUAGAUAUGACUAGGGAGAGAUCUUAAUUAUGAAAUGGUUAAAUAAUUGCAGAGAUUUAAAUAUGUAGUAAUAAUUUAUUUAACAUUUAACGUAAAUCUCUGCAUUGCUAAAAAGUUAGCAAUUGUGAUGUCAACCAGUCAUGUAAAUGACAUUUUAUUUACUUUUGAUUAAAAUAUAAUUAUGACAUCAUUUUAUUCCAUCCCUCACUUAGAAACUGUCCAGGAUUUGAAGGAAUUGUAAUAUACAUACAUAGGUAUUAUUAAAGAAAUCGGUAUCCAGCCACCGACACGUUAAGAGCCCGGUAACGAUUUUAGAGCAACAAUGUAAAAUUGAUAGAUUUAGUAGUUGAAAUUGUACACCUUUUGUUACGUAAUAUCUCAAUAACAAGUAUUAGUUUCUAUUAGGACGUCUUCUCGUCUUGCCUUUUGAUAAUGAGGUCGCGAGCGUGCGUCACCGGUAAUAUAUGAAGAGAAGGGGCAGUUUUUAAAAGUUCAUCAAAAAAUUAUGGUGGUAAAUUAUACAAAUUGAUGUAUAAGGACAGUUUCAGCAAAUGUUGUAGAUUGUUUAACUAUCAAAAUUACGUUGAAAUUGAGUCGACUUUCAGAGAAAUUGUCACUUGUUUUGAAGUAAUUUCUGAAGAAAAUUGAUUUCGUCUGACUUUCAUUUACACUACUUCAAAGUCAUAAUAAUAAAAAUGUACUCCGUAAAAGGUGGAGUACAGGAUAUGUGUAAUACAAAAUUACUAUUUUUAGCCUUCCAAACUUUAUGAAGUUUACAAAUAAGACCGUCAAAAUCAGUGCUUUACGCGCGUUUACAUAAACGUCCAUCAGAAAAAAAACAUAACUAAUUUAGUGAGACCGUUUUCAAAAAAUUGAUCUGUAAAACGGCAAGAUGAGAAGACGUGCUAAUAGAAACCAGUACUUCUUAUUUAUAUUACGUAACAAAACGUGUAAAGUUUCACAGACUAAAUCGAUAACGGGCUCUUAAUGAAGUGUUAUUUAUUGAUUGCUGUUGACAUAUUUACAUUGUUGAUUGACUCGCAGAUUUGUAAAUCGCGUUAAUUUCAUCACGAGAGAAAUGUUUAUCGUUAAAAUUCUAAUAUAUUAUAUACUUUAUUUUUGUGGAGUAGUUAUGUAUAUUGUAAGUACAAAAUAAGUAUUGGAAGUUGUGUUAAAACCACAGCCAAUUUGUUAAUGUUAUUUGUAAAAUACGUGGAACAGUAUUUUAUUUAAAAAUUCUAAAUUAAAUAACUGUAGAAAGCUGGCAAAGGGAUACGUUUUAGAAUUUCAAAGCAAAAUAAUUAUUUUCACCACACCAGCUGGUAAAGGCUCUCUUGAUUGUUCAAAUACUGAUGAGAAAGUUUCAUUUUAUCCACAUGUGGGGCAAAGUAAACAAAUGCAAAUUUUGAGUUGUUUCCUUAUGUUGGCUAGUGGAAUUGACUUUUAAAUGAUGAAAUAUUUAAUAACAUUAAUUUUGAAUUAAUUAGCUUUGAUUUUGUUUGAUAUUUUACAGUUAGUAUUUUCCUUGUGUUCGUGUGGUGAAAAAUUUUGUGUUUCACUCGGUGGCAAAAUUUGUUUAACCCUCGUGCCUUGAAAUCCUCGCAACGCUCAGUUCCAUCUUUUGAACCACUCGCUACGCUCGUAGUUCAAUUGUGGAAUCGUCGGCUUUCUCGGGUAUCAAUAUUAGCACGAGAGGUUAAACAACAGUUUGUAAAAUAAAUAACUACCUAUUGUUAAUAAGGCCGCGUCUAUUCUAUUCAUCAUUUAUACCUACUACUAAGCACUCAGUCCAAGUCAACAACAAGCCUUUAGUACCUAUAGCGACCCUCACCUUAAUACCAAAACACAGCUUACCAACAUUAUAUAUUUUUAAGUUGUUAUAUAUAUGUACUUAAGGAUAGAUAAAUAUAAAUUAAUGUGGUUAAAAGCAAUUGCUUGUAAUUUUAAACAGUUGAAAGCGUCGUUAAUAUUUUGCUGUUACAUUUAUUGUGUUGUCAAUUGAAAUGAAAAUAAUAUUUAUUAAUAUUAAAAGGGAUACUAUUUUAUGAAAAACCAGUUUGUAAUUAUGAGUGAUAGUAACUAUAUCAAGUUUUAGCAGAUUGUGCCUUAGAUCAAUACUUUAAUAUUUUAAAAAUACAUAUUUAAAGAGACAUGUUUUGGAAAUUGUUUAAUAUAAUAUAUCUCUUAUCUAGAUGUGUGUAUUUUAAAAUAAAAUAUUGUCACAUUAGAGUUAUAUAUUUAUACACAAACUAGGAAAUCAAUGACAUGUUAAUUAUUUAUGUAUAACACAAUGUACGCAAUAUGGCUGUUGCUUGUUUUUAUGAAAAGUUUAUUUUGCAGUUAGGAAAUUUAAUUUUCUCUUAUCGUUCUGUAACGGUAAAUUAAGAUUAUAAAGGAUUGGUACUUAUUACCAUAAUCUAGUUCUAUUUAUUUACGUUUAAUUUGGUAAAGGGUCUAAUAAAAUAUUAAUAAAUUAUGAA